AUGAGUGUAUUUCUCGAAAACAGUCCAAUUUGGGUUCAAGCAACUGAAUGUGCUGCACCAGGUCGCCUCAUGUUUCAGUCCGUAGGAUAUUCGAGAUAUCGCGAUACAGGUAUAUAUAUGCCUGGAAAUAUCACAAACGAGAGAUUCUGGUGGGUUCCAGUUGUGUCUCUCGGAGAACCAAACUAUUUGACAAAGUUGCAAAGGUUUCGUCAGCAACCGAGAAGAUUUCAUCAGUGCGCUGUUGAUGGUAUACUCAUAGCCAGUUUCCAUCCGAGUCAGUCCAAAAGUUUUUUCACUCUGGCAAGAACUUUUAGGAUCGAUGCAUCCCUGAUAUCCCUGGAUUUCCGAGACGCAUUCGACUCGGUUGAUCGGUCUGUUCUUCUUGAGACGCUUGCCCACCAAGGAAUGCCCCGGAAGUUUGUAAACAUAAUACGUUCUCUGUAUUCUCAGACUUCCGGACGUGUGAGUGCACGGAGAGCUCUCCAAAAGCUUCCGCACACAAAGCAAUGUCCGUCAGGGAUGCCCGCUCUCUCCAUUCCUUUUUAA